CAUCAUCAUCAUCAUCAUCAUCAUCAUCUACCACUCCCUCCUCCUCUUCCACCACUUCACCCCCCCACACACCACUCCUCCUCCUCACCGGCGAAAAUGGCGACCUCUUUCUCCUUCUCCGCUUCCGCCCCCGCCCUCCGCUCCCCCCGCAACCUCUCCAAGCCCUCCCCCCUCCCCAAAUUCUCCAUCGUCGCCGCAUCAAACCCUAACCCUAACCGUAACCCUAACCCCAGCAGCAACGAACCCUCCCUCCACAGCCGCCUCCUCCGGGCGCUGGCCCCGGCGGCGGCGAUGGCGGCGGCGGCGGUUCCGGUGCCGGCGCUGGCGGAGCAGAUGGAGAAGGCGGCGCUGUUCGACUUCAACCUGACGCUCCCGGCGAUCGCGGUGGAGUUCCUGCUGCUGAUGGUGGCGCUGGACAAGCUCUACUUCACCCCGCUGGGCAAGUUCAUGGACGAGCGCGACGCCAAGAUCCGCGCGCAGCUGGGCGACGUGAAGGACACGUCGGCGGAGGUGAAGCAGCUCGAGGAGCGCGCGGCGGCGGUGAUGAAGGCGGCGCGCGCGGAGGUGUCGGCGGCGCUGAACAAGAUGAAGAAGGAGACCACGGCGGAGCUGGAGCAGAAGCUCGCCGAGGGCCGCCGCCGCGUCGAGGCCGAGCUCGCCGAGGCCCUGCAGAGCCUCGAGCGCCAGAAGGAGGACACCAUCCGCGCCCUCGACUCCCAGAUCGCCGCCCUCAGCGACGAGAUCGUCAAGAAGGUCCUCCCCCUCCCCUGAAUUCUUUCUUUUUUUAUCUUCUUCAAAAAAUAUAAACCCUAAACCCUAGAUUUUGGUACUUGGUAUAUUAUUGCAAUGCAAUGCAAAUACGUUCUUCUUGUUGCUGCUUCUUGGUUAUGUCUCCCUACUGUCUAUUGAUCUGAUAAAAAGUUGUAUAUUGAUGUUGUUGUCAUUGCCUGCAAACUGUUUGUGAAAAUGCAUAGUAGGAAAUACUCUAGAGUGCAAAAGUUUAUAUUA